AGCAAAUGCAUCAAACAUUAACAUCCCUGGAGGUCAUAGAUCUGUAUAAAUACCUGUACGCGUUGAGUAUUAUUGGUUAUAAUCGUUAACGAAGGAAAUCUGUUUAAACGGGGAUCUGAUAGUUAUAUUUUUGCAACCUACAGCUAUGAGGGGAUUGUUUCAAAGGUGGCUGUGCGUCUUAUUUUUGGCAGGGGUGCGGGUCUCGCCCUUCCUAGCAGCGGAGCCAAUCCGCUGCGCACCGUGCACGCCGGAGAAACUGCGCGACUGCCCCGCCGUGGCGCCGGGCUGCGCAGAAGUGCAGCGAGAGCCGGGCUGCGGAUGCUGCAGCGUCUGCGCCCUGGCCAAGGGGGAGCCGUGCGGAGUCUACACGGCGCACUGCGGCACCGGCCUGCGCUGCACGCCCAAGCCCGAGGACCCACGGCCCAUACACACCCUCAUUCACGGCCAGGCCACCUGCACUGAACACACUGAGAGCCAAGCAUCCCAGAGUCCAGGUGAUGCCGAAGUCAACAUCGAGGUAGCACUGGACUACGGCUCCAUGCUGUACAUGCUGUCCGAGGACAAGCCGACCGAUCCUAAGGAUCUCGUGGACGCCCAAGAAAGCAUUAAAGCCAAGAUCAAUGCAAUUAGGAAUAAGCUGGUGGAGCACGGUCCAUGUCACACUGAGCUACACAGGGCCCUGGACAAGAUUGCAACAACACAAUUUAAACUGGGGGAUAAAUUCACCACGUUUUACCUCCCCAACUGCGACAAGCACGGCUUCUACAAAUCCAAGCAGUGUGAGACGUCUCUGGAGGGCCAGGAAGCCCGCUGCUGGUGUGUGUCCUCCUGGAAUGGAAAGAGGCUCCCUGGGACCAGUGACCUACUGGGCCAUUCUGACUGCCAACAGGAAGUCGCCCACUGAAUGUGCCCUGACACACGCACACACAUGCACACGCACACACAUGCACACACAUGCACACGCACACACAUGCACACGCACACACAUGCACACGCACACACAUGCACACGCACACACAUGCACGCUUGUUUUUUAUUUAUUCAGUAUUUUAAAUCUUUGCACAUUGCGACACUGAUUCUCCAUUAAUCUUUUAAAAUGGAAUUUAAUCUCAUAUAAAGCACAUAAUUUUAUUUAUUAAUAGCACAUGUGCACAUUUAAGUAUUGCAUACUUACACAAAGAUGUAUAUAAUAUACCUUUUUUUUUUUGUACAAAAAAAAACGGACCACAUCUGUGUUCUUGCCAAGCAGCUCCAUGAGAGGGCGUCACGCCUGCAAACUAAACCAAACUGCGUAUCCGGGUCUUUUGCGUUUACACUUCCGUACCAAUGCGUCCACGAUGCACGUGUUCUCAGUAUGUCACUUCAGCGGGACUAGAAAGUGUCGGUUCAACUCGCAGGUUUCGCUUUUUGCGAUCCGGAGGCCAACCUCACGGGAAUACCCCACUGUUUCACGCACCAUGUUUUGUCUCACACGGGUAUGUCUACUCAUCUACCUCGUAUGGGCAUUGUAGUUUUCCUGCUCUGCUGUCUGGAUUACUUUUGUAAACAAAUGCCUGUCUGAAUGUAUCCACGAGGAACCUCAUUAUUGUCGUUUUGUUCUCUGUUAUUGAGUCUCAGAUGGAAUUUUGCAAAGUUACUUUGUUUCAGGGAAAAUGUCGAGAUGCUGCUCCACUGGGCCGUUCCUGCUGCGUUGCUUUGCCGAAAAUGGUUUAAUUGUAUCAACAUAUGUAACACUAUAUUUAAUAAAGCUACAUCCAAAGUAUGGUGUUUUUUUUAUGCAGCAAAGCCAAACUAUGAUCUUUAACAGUUUGGACUAGUGUUUCCCAGCUCCCAGUCCUCAGGAAAUCCCCAAGCGGUGCACAUCGUUGCUGCUUUUCAGCUCUCAACACACCUGUACCAGGUAUUCGGUGCUCCUGAAUGGCUGGGAGCCAGAAGGCAGAAAAAAUAUAGACUCUGGGGAUUAUCUAUGGCCUGGACUGGGAAAGACUUA